GGGCGGAGGAGGCGGCCGGUGCCGCGGGGCCGCCGCCGCCGCCUCGGAGUCGCGCCGAGCGCACGGAGCGCAGCCGCGUCGCUGCGGCCCCGGCCGCGCCAUGGGGAAGGAGCAGGAGCUGGUGCAGGCAGUGAAGGCGGAGGACGUGGGGACCGCGCAGAGGCUGCUGCAGAGGCCGCGGCCCGGGAAGGCCAAGCUCCUGGGCUCCACCAAGAAGAUCAAUGUCAAUUUCCAAGACCCUGAUGGCUUUUCAGCCCUGCACCACGCGGCCCUGAAUGGCAACACAGAGCUGAUCACCUUGCUGCUGGAGGCCCAGGCUGCUGUGGACAUCAAGGACAACAAAGGCAUGCGGCCUCUGCACUACGCGGCCUGGCAGGGCCGGAAGGAGCCCAUGAAGCUGGUGCUGAAGGCGGGCUCGGCGGUGAACAUCCCGUCCGACGAGGGCCACAUCCCCCUGCACUUGGCAGCCCAGCACGGUCACUAUGAUGUGUCUGAAAUGCUGCUGCAGCACCAGUCCAACCCCUGCAUGGUGGACAACUCAGGCAAGACGCCCCUGGACCUGGCCUGUGAGUUUGGCCGCGUCGGGGUGGUCCAGCUGCUGCUAAGCAGCAACAUGUGUACGGCCUUGCUCGAGCCCCGGCCGGGGGACACCACUGACCCCAACGGCACCAGCCCCCUGCACCUGGCAGCCAAGAAUGGCCACAUUGAUAUCAUCAGACUGCUGCUCCAAGCCGGCAUCGACAUUAACCGCCAGACCAAGUCUGGCACCGCCCUGCAUGAAGCCGCGCUCUGUGGGAAGACGGAGGUGGUUCGGCUACUGCUGGAUAAUGGGAUCAAUGCCCACGUGAGGAACACCUACAGCCAGACCGCCCUGGACAUUGUGCAUCAGUUCACCACCUCCCAGGCCAGCAAGGAGAUCAAGCAGCUGCUGCGAGAGGCCUCGGCGGCCCUGCAGGUCCGGGCGACCAAGGAUUACUGCAACAACUACGACCUGACCAGCCUCAACGUGAAAGCUGGGGACAUCAUCACAGUCCUUGAGCAGCACCCAGAUGGCCGCUGGAAGGGCUGUAUCCAUGACAACAGGACAGGCAAUGACCGUGUGGGCUACUUCCCAUCUUCCCUGGGCGAGGCCAUCGUCAAGCGAGCAGGUCCCCGAGCAGGUGCCGAACCAAGUCCACCCCAGGGAGGCAGCUCCGCGGGGCCCGCUGCGCCCCCCGAGGAGAUCUGGGUGCUGAGGAAGCCUUUUGCAGGUGGGGACCGCAGUGGCAGCUUGAGCAGCGCGGCUGGGGGCCGGAGCAGCGGGGGCCACGCCCUGCACGCUGGCUCUGAAGGGGUCAAGGUAGGUGGGGCGGCGGCAAGGCAAGGGUUCCUGGGUCUGGGGCAGCACUGGCCAGCCAGUCUGUCUGGGUUCCAGCUCCUAGCAACGGUGCUCUCCCAGAAGCCGGUGUCCGACUCCAGCCCCGGGGACAGCCCGGUCAAGCCUCUGGAAGGCCCUGCAGGUGCGACCCGGGCCCAGCCUCCAGUGGCCCAUGCGGGGCCGGGCUAUGGGGAGCAGCCACCCAAGAAGCUGGAGGCGGCGUCCGAGGGCAAGGGCGCCGAGGCUGUCAGCCAGUGGCUUGCCACGUUCCAGCUGCAGCUCUAUGCCCCCAACUUCAUCAGCGCCGGCUAUGACCUGCCCACCAUCAGCCGCAUGACCCCCGAGGACCUCACUGCCAUCGGGGUCACCAAGCCCGGCCACCGGAAGAAAAUCACUGCGGAGAUCAGUGGUCUGAGCCUCCCUGACUGGCUGCCCGAGCACAAACCUGCGAACCUGGCCGUGUGGCUGUCCAUGAUUGGCCUGGCGCAGUACUACAAGGUGCUGGUGGACAACGGCUACGAGAACAUUGACUUCAUCACUGACAUCACCUGGGAGGACCUGCAGGAGAUCGGCAUCACGAAGCUGGGCCACCAGAAGAAGCUGAUGCUGGCUGUGCGGAAACUGGCAGAGCUGCAGAAGGCAGAAUACGCCAAGUACGAGGGGGGACCCCUGCGCCGGAAGGCACCGCAGUCGCUGGAGGUGAUGGCCAUCGAGUCGCCACCCCCACCGGAGCCUGCCCCGGCUGACUGCCAGUCUCCGAAGAUGACCACCUUCCAGGACAGCGAGCUCAGCGGGGAGCUGCAGGCAGCUUUGACCGGCCCGGCCGAAGGGGCUGCUGCUGCCACCGCCCCAGCUGAAAAGCCCGCCAACCACCUGCCGCCUGCCCCUAGGGCCUCGGGGAGGCAGGAGCCCAGCCUGGGGGGGAGGGCGCGGCACAUGAGCAGCUCCCAGGAGCUGCUGGGCGACGGGCCCCCGGGGCCCAGCAGCCCCAUGUCACGGAGCCAGGAGUACCUGCUCGAUGAGGGGCCGGCCCCUGGAACUCCCCCGAAGGAGGCCCGACCCAGCCGCCACGGCCACAGUGUCAAGCGGGCCAGUGUGCCCCCGGUGCCUGGCAAGCCUCGGCAGGUCCUGCCGCCAGGGGCCAGCCACUUCACGCCCCCCCAGACACCCACAAAACCCCGGCCAAGCUCCCCGCAGGCCCUGGGGGGGCCUCAUGGCCCAGCGCCAGCCACAGCCAAGGUGAAGCCCACCCCUCAGCUGCUGCCGCCUACGGAACGACCCAUGUCCCCCCGCUCGCUGCCUCAGUCACCCACUCACCGCGGCUUCGCCUAUGUGCUGCCCCAACCAGUGGAGAGCGAGGCUGGGCCGGCUGUCCCAGGGCCCGCACCCGCAGCCGCACCCACGCCGGUGCCGACGCUAUGCCUGCCGCCCGAGGCUGAUGCAGAGCCAGGGAGGCCCAAGAAGCGCGCCCACAGCCUGAAUCGCUAUGCAGCAUCGGACAGCGAGCCGGAGCGGGACGAGUUGCUGGUGCCGGCCGCCGCUGGGCCCUACGCCACAGUCCAGAGGCGCGUGGGCCGCAGCCACUCGGUGCGGGCGCCCACCGGUGCAGACAAGAACGUCAACCGCAGUCAGUCGUUUGCCGUGCGGCCGCGGAAGAAGGGGCCGCCCCCACCCCCACCCAAGCGCUCCAGCUCCGCCAUGGCCAGCGCCAACCUGGCCGAUGAGCCAGCGCCAGACGCGGAGACCGAGGGGGCCGGGGCUGAGGACGGCCGGCUGGGGGUCCGGGCGCAGCGCCGGCGGGCCAGUGACCUGGCUGGCAGUGUGGACACAGGAAGUGCCGGCAGCGUGAAGAGCAUCGCAGCCAUGCUUGAGCUAUCAUCCAUCGGGGGUGGGGGCCGGGCAGCCCGUAGGCCCCCUGAGGGCCACCCCAUGCCUCACCCUGCCAGCCCGGAGCCAGGCCGGGUGGCCACGGUGCUGGCCUCGGUGAAGCACAAGGAGGCCAUUGGACCUGACGGAGAGGUGGUGAACCGGCGCCGCACGCUAAGCGGGCCUGUCACGGGACUCCUGGCCACUGCUCGCCGGGGUCCUGGAGAGCCAGCGGGGCCUGCAGACCACGGCCAGUUGGUAGAAGAGGGUGCUGCCCGGCAGCGGCCCCGAGGUCCAGCCAAGGGCGAGGCGGGUGCAGAGGGCCCGCCCCUAGCCAGGGUGGAGGCCAGUGCCACCCUCAAGAGGCGCAUCCGGGCCAAGCAGAGCCAGCAGGAGAACGUCAAGUUCAUCCUGACUGAGUCUGACACGGUCAAGCGCCGGCCCAAGGUCAAGCAGCGGGAGGCGGGUCCCGAGCCUCCCCCACCGCCGCUGUCUGUGUACCAGAAUGGAACAGGCACUGUGCGCCGCCGGCCAGCCUCUGAGCAGGCUGGGCCCCCAGAGCUGCCCCCGCCACCCCCGCCUGCUGAGCCCCCGCCCUCUGACCUCAUGCACCUACCCCCACUGCCCCUGCCAGACAGCGAUGCCCGGAAGCUGGCCAAGCCACCUGUCUCUCCCAAGCCUGUUCUGGCUCAGCCCGUACCCAAGAUCCAGGGCUCGCCCACACCUGCCUCCAAGAAGGUGCCACUGCCAGGUCCCGGCAGCCCAGAGGUGAAGCGUGCGCACGGCACGCCUCCGCCCGUGUCUCCCAAGCCGCCGCCACCGCCCACGGCGCCAAAGCCGGCCAAGGCCGCGGCGGGGCUGCAGUCGGGCAGUGCCAGCCCGUCGCCCGCGCCCUCGCCGGCGCGCCAGCAACCUGCCGCCCUCGCCAAGCCGGUCAGCACGUCGCCCGCGCUGAGCGCCAGCCCCGCCAGCCCCGCCAGGCCGCCGUCGCCCGGUGCGCCCGCGCUGCACGUGCCCGCCAAGCCGCCGCGCGCUGCCGCCGCGGCUACAGGGCCCCCAGCUGCGCCAGACGGCGCCUCGCCGGGGGACAGCGCCCGGCAGAAGCUGGAAGAGACGAGCGCGUGCCUGGCGGCGGCGCUGCAAGCCGUAGAAGAGAAGAUCCGGCAGGAGGACGCACAGGGCUCGCGCCCCUCGGCCGCGGAGGAGAAGAGCACUGGCAGCAUCCUUGACGACAUUGGCAGCAUGUUUGACGACCUGGCCGACCAGCUGGACGCCAUGCUGGAGUGACGCGGCCGCCCACGUCGGGCCCGCACGCUGACCUUUACCUCAGGAUGGGCACCUCUGGGCGCGGCGUGAGCAGGCAGGCGGGCGGGGCCGCGAGGGCGGGGCGCAGGGGGCCGGGCGCGAGGCUCCUGCACAAGCACAACUCCUGCCGCCGGGCCCAGCCCGGACAACUGCCUGGCCGGGGGACCCAAGGGCUCUGGUCAGAUGCUGCUGCCCCCUACCCGUGCAAUAACUGCUGGGCCGCCUGCCCCCACCGCCAGGCUCUGCCCGCCGUGGUGCGGGAGGGGCCGCUCCUGAACCCCUGCCCCGAGCCCGGGUUGGGUCCACCCUGGGGGGCAGCGGGCAGGGGGCAGCCGCUGUAGCCCCCUCCCCAGUCUGGGGCAGAGCACAGGCCUAUGCCCAGCACAGAACUGCCCGAUGGGGACCUCCGCCAGCCGCUCCUGCGCAGCACAAGGGGCUGGGUUGGGCCCCCUGCCCCAAAGCACCCCCCCUCCCCAGAAUAUAAGCUAUCGAAGAGUAUUAAUUUAUUGGGAAUGAGCUAAGGCAGAUUUCCCCAGAGAUACAAAAAGGUAUAACUUUAACAAAUAUAUAUUUAAAGAAAGAAAAAAAUAUUAUUGAUUCUAUAGAAAACCAUUUACCAACUGUAAGGACGCUGGAGUCUAGUUCAAGACAAAAGCUGUCAAGAGGCCCUGGCCAUCUGUCUGUCUAUCCGUUCUUCCCUUGGUCCCAGAGUGGCCAGAUCCCUGGCCCAGUAGCACAAACAGGAGGCUGGGGUCCAAGGAGGGGUCCAUGCUCCGCCAGGGCCUCCCCUCUGACCUCUCUCCUAACUUCUCUGCGUCUGAAGAACCUGAAGGAUGUGCCUUGCUCGCCGCUGGGCUGUGUCCUCUGUGUGGUGGAGACAGUGGGCAGGGCUCCGUCUCUCUCUGGGGUGCUGGUGUGAGGGUGCCCCUGGGUUCCAAGGGAGCUGUGUGCACAGCGUGGGUGUGUCAGCCGGGUGACAGCAGUGGGUGCAGGGCGUGCAUGCCAGGCUGUGUGUGGUGCGUGCGAGGGUGUGCCCGACCCUCCCUCCCGGGGGCCCCAGCUGGCCCCAUGCAGCCAGCCAGCCAGCCCUGCCCCUGCUCCCAGACGCUCUGCUCGUGGGCCGAGGCCGUGUCAUGUGGCCCUUCUCGCCUUCUCCCCCGCCCCCCUCCAAAAAAGUACUGACUGGCCUCCUCUGUCGUGUUUGCUGAUCCACAUGUGUUGGGCACAACUUUGACAUUUCUUAAAAAAGAGAAUUAAAAAACGCCGAAAACCAGCGACUGUGAUUCGGGUGGGUGGAAGGGUUCUGCCUAUGUGGUGUCUGGGCAUGUGGGUCCCCUCCCAGCAGUCACAUGCUAACACGUCCCCAGGUGGGUGGACCUGGGCAUCCGCCUGGCCUCUCUGCAGUGGGUGGCCCGGACCAGGACUAGCAGGUGGGGAGGGGGGUCCGGGCAGGGAGCUACUGUCAGCUGUCAAUAAACAGCAGAAAACGGA